AUGCACAAGGUCUUUCGGGGGUUUUUGAGGAAAUUCGUCCUGGUUUUCCUAGAUGACAUUUUGGUCUACAGUCGAGCAACAGAAGAACAUAUCAAGCAUCUCUUAUGUGUUCUAUCAACCCUCAAGGCCCACAAAUUGCACGCCAAGAGAAACAAGUGUUGCUUCGGGGUGGACAAGGUAAGCUACCGCGGACAUGUAAUUUCAUUCGACGGGGUGGAAGUGAGUCCUAGUAAAAUCGAAUGUAUGGUGAAAUGGCUCAGACCCAACUCCCCUACAAAACUCAGAGGAUUCCAGGGACUCACAGGGUACUUCCGGAAGUUCGUCCAGGAUUAUGGAAAACUAGCUCGACCAUUGACCAGACUACUCAAGAAGGGUGCUUGGGGCUGGAACCCGGAAGUUGAGGAUGCUUUCCAAAGGUUGAAAGAGGUCUUGACAUCCACUCUGGUACUGGCGUUACUAGAUUUCAGUUAUCCCUUCGAGCUGGAGUGUGAUGCGUUAGGUGCUGGCAUUGGCACCAUUCUAUCACAACUAGGGAGAUCGAUAGCCUUCUUCAGCCAGGCACUAAACCCCGCCAACACAGCCAAAUCUACAUACGACAAGGAACUCUUAGCAGUUGUAACGGCUAUCCAACGGUGGCGGCAGUAUCUCCUGGGGCAGCAAUUCGUAGUUAAGAGCGACCAUCAGAGCUUGGGAUACCUGCUCAAGUCGAGGAUCACCACUCUUUACCAGCAACGACUUCUCAGCAAGAUCAUGGGGUAA